AUGGAGCAAUUAUUCAGGAACCAAAAGUUGAAUGUUAGUGUAAGAAUUGUUAAGAGUGGUGAGGAGGUGCUGUUUUACGCAAGGGAUGUGGCAGAAUCUCUAGGAUACGCAAACCCUCAGAAAGCUGUCAGAGACCAUAUAUGGAAGGUAAACAGGACAACGGUGAGAGAGUUCCAAAGGGUUACCAAUUCGUUCACCUUAGAAAAAAGACAUCCUAAUACAGUUUUACUAUACGAACCAGGAUUGUACCAACUGGUUUGUAAUUCCAGACUUCCGAUAGCAGAAGCGUUUCAGGGCUGGGUGUUCAGUGAGGUACUACCAUCUAUCCGUAAAACAGGCUCAUACCAAUUAACAGAAUCUCAGCCACUCUAUUGUAAUCAGAUGAAGCUAAUUAACGAAACGGACCUGCACUAUGCUGUUGUAGAAUAUCUUAAAAAGUACCACCCAAAAACUCUAAUCCUACCGGGACUAGGAGAGUACCAGGAUACAUCGCAAAAGAGAUGCGACGCUUGGAAAAAGGGAUAUAUGGGUGGACAACCUGAUCUCACAAUAGUAACUCCAAGUAACGGCUUUAACGGAUUCGCAAUAGAACUUAAGACCCCAAAGGGUACAGGUGAAGUCAGAGACAACCAGGUAGCAUGGAUAAGGGAGUUAGGUAAAAACGGAUACCGGACAUUAAUAUCUAACGAUUACACAAAGAUAGUGCUGGAUAUAGAGGAGUACUUUAGGGUCGACAAGAUUAAGAAACUCCUGGAGGAAAUAAAGAAUCUUAAGAUAAAGUGUAAGACUCUGAAGGCUAGUAAGUGUAAGGAAGUUGUAAUCCAACGAAUUGGUUACACAGUAGGUAAGUACUAGAGUGUAAAUGGGAAGCGAAGGAAUGAAACUUAGAAAAUGCUCGGCAAAUACUGUCGGGCAUUUUUUAAGCAAUCCCAUCAUACUGCCAAGUAGAUUUGAGACAUCUUACAAGUAGAUUCAAGUUAUCUUGUAAGUUAUCUUACAAGUAGAUUCAAGUUAUCUUACCAGUAGAUUUGAGUUAUCUUACAAGUAAAUUCAAGUUAUCUUGUAAGUAGAAUUAAAGAUAUCUUGCAAGAUAAAACCCAGUUAAACCUAAGGUAUCUUACAAGUAGAAUGGAAGAUAAACCUGAGCAAAAUCAAGUACCAGUAACAAGUGAAAUGAAGAAGGACCCAAAAAGAGUAGCUGCGGGAAAACGACUAGGAGCAAUCAGUAGAAUAGCAAAGGAAAGGAAGAAGAAACAGGUGGAAUCCAACGAGUCAUCUAGUAAUGAUAGUAUGAUUACCUACAUAGGAGUGGCCAUUGCAUUGAUAUCUCUUGUGCUAGCAUAUAAAACACAUCAGAGGGAAACUAGGGAACCAGAACUUGAGUACAUCCCUAAAACUGUAGAAGCAACUAAGAGAGCUGAUGAGUCCAAGUUAGAUUCACUUGAAUGA